GCCUUGGCGGUGCACAGAGCCAUGUCUGCGCUGUGGAGACUCUUGCUGCUGUGGAUUUGUGUCUGGCUUCCGGCUCAGGGAGAUCUGGUUGUUUCGCGCAGAGAGGCUGUGACGCAGAUGAUGGAGGUGUACAGUGUGAAAGUGGACUGCACUGUGACGUCUCGUUUCGCCCACACCGUCAUGACCUCCAAGGCUCGGAACAAAGCAAACGUUUCCCAGGAAAUCUUCUUCGAAGUUGAGCUGCCCAAGACCGCCUUCAUCGCCAACUUCAGCAUGGAAAUUGAAGGACAGGUGUAUGUUGGGGAGGUGAAGGGGAAGGAGAAAGCAAAGAAACAGUAUGAGAAGGCUGUUUCCUCUGGACAGACUGCUGGACUGGUUAAGGCUUCUGGAAGAAACAUGGAGACGUUUUCUGUGUCUGUCAACAUCGCAGCCAAAAGUAACGUGUCAUUCAUUCUGACCUACGAGGAGCUCCUUCAGAGGAAACUGGGCCAGUAUGAGAUUCUGACUCGAGUUAAACCCAAACAACCGGUGCAGGAGUUUCAGAUUGUUGUAAACAUCUUUGAGCCCCAGGGCAUUGAUUUUGUUGAGGCCACUGCUACAUUCCUCUCCAAUGAGCUGCUCCCCCUGGUGGAGAAAACCGUUACAGACACAAAGGCACACAUCUCUUUCUCCCCGACACUGGAGCAGCAGAGGAAAUGUCCAGGAUGUGAAGGCAACAUAAUUGAUGGAGAUUUCAUCAUCAAGUACGAUGUGAAACGAGCAGAGGACCUAGGGGCAGUUCAGAUUGUGAGCGGAUACUUUGUGCACUUCUUCGCUCCCCCUGACCUGCCCAGAGUCCCAAAGAAUUUGGUGUUUGUGAUUGACAGGAGUGGAUCGAUGGGUGGAAGAAAGAUUGAACAGACCCGGGAUGCACUGGUUGUCAUUCUGAAAGACCUCCACGAAGAGGACCACUUUGCUCUGAUCCUGUUUGAUGAUUCAAUUGUCACCUGGAAGGACUUUCUUAGCAAAGCAACAAAGGAAAAUGUGUCUAAAGCCAUUGCCUACAUCAGGAAACUUAAAGAUAAUGGAUCCACCAAUAUCAAUGAUGCUGUACUGAAGGCAGUGACCAUGCUGAAGAGAGAAAGAGAAAAGAAGAACCUUCCAGAGAGGAGUGCAGAUAUGAUAAUUUUACUGACUGAUGGGAUGCCAAACCAUGGGGAGUCCCAGAUCCCAAAGAUUCAGCAGAAUGUGCGCUCUGCUAUCAGGGGGAAGAUGACUUUGUUCUGUCUUGGAUUUGGAAAUGAUGUGGACUUCUCCUUCCUGGAUGUGAUGGCCAAAGAAAACAAUGGACUUGCCCGUAGAAUUUUUGAGGGUUCAGAUGCAGCCAUUCAACUUCAGGGUUUCUACGAGGAGGUGUCCAGUCCUCUGCUCUUGGAGGUGGACCUUCGUUAUCCUGACAGUGCAGUGGGCUUCUUGACCAAAAACCACUACAGCCAGUUGUUUAACGGCACAGAGAUCAUGGUGGCUGGUCGGCUUAAAGAAAAUAACCUGGACAACUUCUUAGUGGAAGUGUUUGCUCAAGGGCCUAAAGAGGACUUCCUGGUGCAGGGAAAGGCAAGUGUGGUCGACUUGGAUGUGAUCUACCCAGAACAAGAGUACAUCUCUCGGGAUUUCUCAGAGCGUCUGUGGGCCUACCUCACCAUCCAACAGCUACUGGAGAAAAGUGAGAUUGGCUCUCAGCAGGAGAAAGAAAAUGCAAAAGCCAAGGCCCUGGACAUGUCCCUGCAAUACAGCUUUGUCACCCCUCUCACCUCCAUGGUAGUCACCAAGCCUGAAACUGAGGACGGACCAGACAGCCCUCUCAUCGCUGAUAAGAUGACUGAGGAUGAGCGACAGCAAGAGGAGAGACAUGGUGAUAUGGCAAUCCCUAUGGGGAUCCCUAUGGCAAAAAAUUUCAUCUGGACAGAUGACGAAGAAAUGGACAGUGAUUACUUCUACGACAGGGAGUUUGCCUACAACUACCCACAGAAUAGAGAUUUCUACAGUGUUGGUCCAGCUACCAUUGGGGCAGUAUCCAUUGUGGCAGUUCUCGUUGUGUCAUUUGUAGCUGUGGCAGUUUACUGUUGCUGGUCAAAAGCGAAGAUUACAAAGGAACAGCUACGAGUCAACAACACUUCAACUCUCAGUCCUGCAACCUACGUCACUGUUCAAUCUGAUCAUCAUCAAAAAAGUGGAGAGACAGCAGACGACCAUUUGUUGGGGUUCAGACGAGUAGACAGCUCUGCAGACAUGUAAUGUAUGGGCCAACUGGUUCCAACUGUAUUCAUCGGUGUGAGAAUGGGGACGGAUACAUCCUGGACGAGCUGUCAAAGCUCCUGGAGCCAGUUUGUUCUGCAAGUGGACACACUGCAGUCUUUAUGUUUCUGAGUUUAACAGAGAUAAAUGUGCUAGUUUUAUGCCAGUAAAGUGUGUUUACAUUGCUACUAUGUAAGUGUAGCCCAGUCAUUAUUUUAAAAUUUUAUUUUGUUUAUUUUCUCUAAACAAAACUUUUUUUGUGUUGUGAACUUUCCCAAAAAAUAAUUAUUUUCCGCCUGUAAAAAAGUUCCUGUGGUGAUUGUCAAUGCAUGCCUUUUGUUCCCCUGGGGAAUUUUUUGGCGUUGCACCACCCAGCAUCAAAGAGCUGCGUGUGCUCAAAUCGGUUGAGUCAUGAAAUGAAGCGCUCUCUCCUUUCUAUUUAUCUUCACUUUUUUUCCCGUUCAAAACCACAAUAUGCUGAUAUAUACUGUUAUGUAACAAGCUUAUGAACCUGUUGGUCAAACCCUUCAAACUAAAAUUAAGACUAAAAAGUCAAUCAGACAGCUGCAGCUCAUUCAGAACGCUGCCUCUCAAGUCCUCACUAAGACCAAAAAAGUAGAUCGUAAUAAUUCCAGUUCUGAGGUCCUUACACUGGCUUCAUAUCUGUCAAAGAAUUGAUUUAAAAAUACUUUUGUUGGUCUACAAAGCACUGAAUGGUUUAGGGCCGAAAUACAUUUCUGAUCUUCUGCUUAUCUACGAACCACCCACUCUCAGAUCAUCUGGGCCUGGUCUGCUCUGUGUUCCCAUAGUCAGAACUAAACAUGGAGAGGCAGCGUUCAGUCUUUAUGCACCACAUAUCUGGAACAAACUCCCAGUAAAUUGCAGGUCUGCUGCAACUCUCAACUCUUUUCAAUCAAGACUAAAUACUUGUUUGCCACUGCCUUUCAGUAGUACUGCACUGUAACUUUUAUUCCUUUGAUAUAUAUAUUUUUAAAUAUUUUAUCAGCUCGUUUUUAAUUUUUAAAUUUUAUAUUUGAAUAUACUUUUAUAUAGAGAUUUUCCUAGAUGUUUUAUCUGCUCAUUUUCAGUCUUCAUUUUUUAUAUUUGAAUGUAAUUUUAUAUAUGUCUCGUCCUAGUGCUUUUACUGUUUUGUGUCAAGCACUUGGAAUUGCCCCGUUGUUAAAAGGUGCUAUACAAAUCAACUUGCCUUGCAUUGCCUUGGGUUGUGAUUAAUGAUCUGUUGAUGACUUGUGACAUUUAUUUGUCAGUGUUGACCAAGAUUGUUUAAACAUUUGAAACUUUCCAUUUCCCGAAAUAAAUGAUUCCCCCCUGUA